AUGGUAAAGUUUCUGCUUCUGGCUUUAGCAUUUGGACUGGCUCAUGCUCAUGAUAAGGUUGAUGGAGAAUGGGUAACAGUUGCCAUUGCUGCUAACAAUGUUGACAAGAUAGAACUGGAAAGACCUCUGAGACUCUACAUUCGUGAACUUACUUGUAAUGAGGAAUGUAGUGAAAUGGGAGUCAAAUUUUAUGUCAAUUCGAAUGGUCAAUGCUCAAAGACUGAAGUCACUGGGUAUAAGCAAGCAGAUGAUUCCUACAGAACCCAAUUUGAAGGUGACAAUACAUUUCAACCUGUGUAUGCAACACCAAAGAACAUAGUCUUUACUAGUAAGAAUGUGGAUAGAGCCAACCGGGAGACAAACUUGAUAUUCGUUCUUGGAAAAAGUGAGCCUUUGGAUGAAGAAGAACAUGAAAAACUUGUGAAAUUUACUGAGAAACAGAACAUUCCACCAGAAAACAUUCGAGAUGUUCUGGCUACAGCUGUAAUUGUGAUUUGUGGUUGA